CACUGAAGACAUUUGCAUUUAACAGUUGCUGCACGUUUUCAUCCUCUCGUUGCUCAGCUUAUUCUGUUAGGAGAUAUGGCAUCGGCGUCAGGCAACGGUAAGAGUAGAUUUGUACUAUACUCGAUUGUAAACACGAACAACGGGCAGCAAGUUGAGAAUCGGCGAAGCGACGUCUCCAGAUACACAGAGCCGAGUUCAUUUUGAACCGACCGUUUUAUAAUGAAAUGAAAGAACAAGCGAUAUCGAUUUAUAUCUCACUCUGAAACUGAUUUUUCUGAGGACAGGUAACAGGGGGAACAGUAAUUCCCGGUUUUCCGAUUUCUUUGUAUCGAACGUUUAAAAUUCGCGUAACGCUAUUUUACAUUCGGCGAGGCUGGUAAUAAAUCAAUUAUUCAUUUUUGAACUCUUACGUGAUCUAGGAGGGUGUACGAUUCUGUUAGUUUCAUUUAUGCAAGCCUUCAAACAACCUUUCGAUUUAAGAAGCUCGUGCACUAACUUUAAGAUCGAUUCGCUUACUACACUUUACUGCAACUCAGCUUUAAAUUUGUCAUAUAACUGUUCCAGGAACAGCGAAUGUCUCCUGACCGAGGGAAAUUUUAAUGAAGUGUGUCGCGUCACGGUAACUCCUCCAAAUGUGCCAGUUUCUGAAACGUGCGGUUUCCUUUUCAAAUCUAGGUACUCGUCAUGCGAAUUCUUACCUUGCAACUGUAGGGAUAGACUUUGGUACAACCUACAGUGGGUUUGCCUUCUCAUUCAACAAAGGCGAAGGUGGAGAAGCGAUUUUUAUGAACAGAGACUGGGUCAAUGAACAGGGCCAUCGAACCAGCCAGACACCAACAUGUCUGCUUCUUAAACCAGACUUGUCAUUUGACUCGUUUGGUUACUCAGCGAUGGAGAGAUACUCCGGUUUAAAAAGUGCAUACGAAGAAAAAGAAUACUUCUUUUUCCAAAAUUUUAAGAUGGAGCUGCACAACGAAGAGGUAAGUAAAGGCCAGCUCCUUUACGCGUUUUAAUAUUACAGGUUCUUACAAAUGCUAUCCAAGUGUCAUAUAUCUUGCAUUUUUCCCUUUGUUUAUUUAGUUUGUGGUUUGAGUAAGUAUCAUUUGAUCGCGUAGUAUCACUUAUCAUGUGUAUCAUGCGUAUCAUGUAUAUCUUCAAAUUGAAACAUUUUUGAGAAAGAUCGUAGAUACAAUAUAUAUUUAUAUAUAUAUAAAAAUUCCCUGAUGAGUAAGCAUUCACGGAACAAGCUUAGAGGAAUGAAAGUGUAGUCUCUCUGUUCUUUUCCCCUAUCGCAACAUAUGUGUAUAUAUAUAUAUAUAUAUAUAUAUAUAUAUGUGUGUGUGUGUAUAUAUAUGUGUGUGUGUGUAUAUAUAUAUAUAUAUAUUUAUAUGUGUGUGUGUGUGUGUGUAUAUAUAUAUAUAUAUAUAUAUAUAUAUAUAUAUAUAUAUAUUAUAUAUAUAAUUGCAGACAGUACUGUUUCGGUCUACUGGGCCUCACCAGUGCAGUGCUGAUAUUACAAAGGAGGCGUAAGCAUUAAUUUACCCCGAAUGAUUCCACAAUUGUGGUAUCAUCCAAGCCAUGCCAGAGGAUUCGAACUAGAUUAAUUAGGCAGAAUGCAUAUAGAUCUAUAUAUAUAUAUAUAUAUAUAUAUAUAUAUAUUAUUUUUCCGUAGUACAGUGCUCGAUACAUAGAAGUAGAGUGCGAUAUGUAUUGAGAUCGGCAAAAACAAAGAGACUACACUUUCAUCCUUACAAGCCUGUUUCGUAAUUAACUCACUCUUCAGGGGAUUUCAGUGGCAAGAAGAUUCGUGAACAUCGUUAAUAUACUAUAAAAGUUGCAUAAGUUGAUGUGGCGGUAAAUUUAGAUGUUUAGUUCAGCUGUUACGCAGCAACUCUUUGUUUCUGUGACGACAUGACGACACAAGUUCGUUACGUUUGUUGCUUGCGCUAUUGUAGGGUCAGCUUGAUGAAAGGAUACGCCAUGAAAUAAAGUGGCCAAUGUUAUUGCCUUUAAGAGUCCAGAUGUGUUUGCUGAGUUCGGUAGAGUUUCUGCGUUUUGCGUGUCGGAAUGAUGCAGUGUGGUUUCUGUAUAUUGAAGUCGUUUUCUGUAGGUCCGAUGUACGUUUCAGUAGUGCUAUUGUCCUUACGUGUGACGGUGGCCUGGUAGAUAACUGAUGAUUGGAGGCAGUUAACCUCCAGUUCUUUUAAUACUCAUUGGGUGUUCAUCUGCAGAGCUGAUUGAGGUGAUAAAAAUGAACUUGCUGCUUGUUAAGUGACUGAGAUACAGCAAUUUUGAUUUAGAUGAUACAGAAAUACCUCUUCCUUUUGAGUCACUGUUAAAUUAUAUUCAAUUUCUUUUACGACAAACAGAACAUUGACCUGCAAGCUACCAUCCCUGAUGCCAGAUAUAAACGCGUGAAGGCAAAGACAGUGUUUGCUUACGCCAUACGGUUUCUGCGAGAUGAGGCGAUUAAUUUCAUUCGCCAGGAAACUAAAGAUCAGAGUUUCAAGGUUGAGGAUGUUUUGUGGGUUCUGACUGUACCAGCCAUAUGGAGUCCAAAAGCAAAACAGUUCAUGAGAGAAGCAGCCUAUGAGGUAACAUUUUGACUCAUGGGAAUGGUUUUAACUACACCAGUGCCGUUAAUGCUGCUGUGGAAGUUUGUAAAUAUGUAUAACUGAUCUACUAACUAAGACUGACUUCUGUUUGCUCUUUUCGUUUUGCUUUCUUUUUUGUUUUUGUUUUUUUUAUCGUUUUCUUUUUCUUACUUGAUCUGAUUGAUUGUUGGAAUGAUUACAAAAGAAGAGAAAUUUAAAAACCAAAACAAGAGGAGACAAAACUAAACGAAACGAAAUGCCUUAUCAUUUCCCUCACGUUAAGUUGCCAUCUUCCAUUUCUAAAUUUGAAGGCAUUAUGUUUUCUCAGGCUGGUCUCGUCUGUCGUGAUCAUCCGGAGCAGUUAGUUAUUGCUUUAGAACCUGAAGCGGCGGCGAUAUUCUGCACUGAGAGAAAAAUGGACGCGAUACUGUCAGAGAAACUUGAUGUAUCGAUGGAUGGACUAUUGUCCCAACUGAAUGCACAGUAUAUGGUUGUUGACAUCGGAGGUAAUGUUACUGAGAAUCAUGAGCUAAAUAUUCUACUAAAAAGUUGAUGAAAUCAUUAAAUCUGGUUAAAUCAUUUUUGUUUUUCUUUAUGCUGCAACAUUGAAUUUUCUUCAGGAUCUUAAACUAAACAUUUCCUUAGCUCCUGUUUUGCCCAUUUUCUUAGCUAAAACCUGUUUUAAAUUAAACUAAGAACACUAAUAGACUAAAGAAAGAGAAAACGAUAAACAAACAAAGAACAACAGGAACAAUGUCAGAAACAAUAGUUGACGCAGUAAUCACAGAAACUGCAAUGGCGAUAAAACGUUAAUAAAUUUUUUAAAUAAUGGAGUGAACAUAUUCAUUCAUUUCUUAGCAUUGUCAAUCACUAUACAGUCACUUUUUCCUCGACUGUCGUUUACCAUAUGAUUCGCGAUUGAUAUCUUUUUAUUUUCUCUUUUUUUGUAACAACUGCGCUCCCAGGAGGUACUCUCGACGUCACCGUUCAUGAAAAGCAAGAUGACGGUACAAUUAAGGAAAUCCAUAAAGUGACAGGUGGGCCCUAUGGCGGAAACAAGGUGAAUCACCAGUUCGAAGGUCUUCUGGAUGAGCUAUUUGGUGCCGAAAAACUGUUUGAGUACCGUAAACUAUUUCCUAUCGACUGGCUUCACUUGAAAAACGAUUUCGAAGAAAAAAAACGCGGACUGCGUUCCCAACAAAAGAAAGAGACCCGAAUUCGUCUGCCGUAUAGCUUUGUUUCGACCAUUAAUGAAUUUCUGCCUCAUUCUCUAGCCCGUUAUGACGAGGGUGAAAUUCAAUUGCAGAGGAACGAAUACCUCUGCCUCGGCCCGAGUGUGAUGACGAAACAGUUUGAACCUGUUUUGGAAGCGAUGAAAGAUCAUUUGGAUGUCUUGCUGAGCCAACCUAAGCUUUCAAAAGUGAGGGUAAUGCUACUUGUUGGAGGAUUUGCAGAAUCUCCCAUUCUUCAGCAGAAAAUAAUGGAAAAGUUUAACAGCAGAUGCCGUGUAAUUGUACCACGUGACGCAGCCAAAGCAGUGGUUCAGGGUGCCGUAAUGUUUGGUCAGCUUCCCGAUAGAAUUUCCCAAAGGGUUAUGUCUACAACAUACGGCUGUGCCUGCUGCCGAGAUUUCAUCCGAGGUGUACAUCCAAACAAAAAGAAAUUAAUGGCAGAUGGCGUAGAAAAAUGCCGUGACUUAUUCGCUUGUUUUGUUAAGGAAGAUGAAGUGGUGACCCUUGGUCAAAGAAUCCGGCAAGUCUUUCAUCCAGUAUAUGCUAACCAAACAGAGGUACCCUUUGGAUUUUACACCUCAAACAACGUCGACGCACAGUUUGUUACCGAACCAGGCUUGACUAAGAUUGGAAACCUGGUUGUUCAUUCUCCUGUUACCAGUAGUGGUCGUGACAGAGAAAUCGAGGUCAGCUUAUACUUCGGUGGUACCGAAAUAACGGCUACAGCUUUAGAUGUUUCAAGUGGGAAAGUAAAACAAACUACUCUUGACUUUUUCCCUAAGUCUGAAAAGAUUGAAAAGUAACAUGUCCUGUUAUGGCUUACAUCUUUGAAGGACUUGUUAAAAGUUAAUCAGCGACACACAUUCUGUCUGAGCGUGUAAUAUUUCAAAUUGAAGUAGCCACUGUAAUUAUUAACCAAAUAUAAAUAUGACAAAAGCAAUACUCAAAAAAGUAUGAAAAAAGAAAAAAAAAAUCAAAUAACAUGCAUAAAAAGGAAUCAGAACAAUAAAUGUAGGCAUAACGACUGAAACAAACAACAAACAAAAAGCAAGGUGGUUAAAAGGCCUUUAGCUGGCCCCAAAACUGUAACAUAUAUAGGAGUAGAAGUACUGUUUGUCUUAUUAUUGAAAUUCCCACUUUUACAAAGUAAACCUUCAUUUAGACUUGAAAUACACAUAAUUAACUUGUUUGGGCUUCAAUAGUUCAUGGUGUUUUUACAAAUACUCAUACCCAAACUAAAUAAUUGAUAUAAGGGCUUGGUCACAAUAUAUCAGUGUGAGUUUUAAAGGAUGAGAAUCUGGAAAAGCAAGGAUCCCUCUUUAACUAGAACUGAAAUUGAUGGGCACCCUCCCCUUUUAAUUCAUGUUUUUACUUUGACCUCCCUCCCCCCUCCUCCUCUUAACUGUUUAGGGAAACAUGAAUGAAGAUUACCUUUUUCGUAUUUUGACGCGUGAAGUUUUGAUUAAUUGGCGUCCACGUUACGCAUAAGGCGAGAAUAUAAGUGCCCUAGCUUUAUAGGUGAAAUAAUCAAAAUAGGAGAGUUAUGCAGAACAUAUCCUACCUUUAUCCUCCUCUGGAUAUUUGCUUAAAUAACAUAGUCACUACCGAUAUCAGUCUCAUUUACUCUCGUGUUCACUAGGCUUGUGGAAAGAUGAUAACCUCCGCAUUUUUUAAAUAAAGAAAGGAAAGCCAGCCGCCUCACAGCGGAUAGUUCUUUUGUGCAUGAGCAAAUUGCUUAUUUUCAAAGCUCUGCCUGAAGAUUAAAAUUUAAUGGCAGACCCAGGACUAUUGUUCGCUACCAUUUCUCAUUCAUUACUUUCUUGUAAAUGAAGGCGAUUUCUGGUAAAAAUUUUAGUUUGGAAAUAUCUUCGUAACCAUAUACUGGAUUUUCCGCGAAUUUCUCAUCAAUUGACGUUACUACCUGUCUCCCAUUUGAAAUUAAUGAAGAUUGCUCUACCUUGACAUAUAUCACAUGACAUUCAGUUACACUUCCGGUAAUUCCCAGAAGACGAGGUUUUAGGCUACUGCGCGGCGGGCAAACAAGAUCGAUUCUACGCAUUAUGGAGCGAUAUUUGUCGUUCCACUGGCAUAAUAAUGUAUCGUCAGACACAGCCACCACACCGGAGUUAGUCCAACUUCACGAAGAUUCAAGGUAAGUAAGUGAAUGUCGGCGGUCUGUAUGCGAUCUCCAUCUGAAGGUAGUGUAUGAGAGUACGAUUAGACAUUUUGGUUUGCAAUAAGGACCUCUGGAGCGAGAAUUUCUUUUUCUUCAGAAGUAGAGGUACCUAUUUCAAGCUACCUCUUUUUGACAUAUGAAUAAAGUUUUUCAUUCAUUCAUUCAUUCAUUCAUUGAUAAAUCCAUCACGUCCAUUUUAAAGUUGAUGUUGAGACACUGAAGUAUCACUUUCAACGACAACAAAGCGAACAGAGUCCAAGGUCUCGAUAUCGUCCUUUUUGAUGUCACGCACUUUUGUUGAAUCGACAACGAGUAAAUGAAUAACUUAUGCAUGUUAAAAGAAUAAUGGAAUAUUAGAGUGUACAGUCAACUUAACGAGGGAGUGAAUGAACAAAAAACAUAAUACAUCAUGGGAAUGUAACACAUCGGUGGGAAUGUAAUUGACAUGUGCUGUGUGUUUUUGAAAACCAUGCUAAGACUUGAGACAAAAUUCCUAUGGUUUCCUUCACAAGUUUUUUUAUUGUUGUUGUAAAAGACAUGUGACAAUAUUGCUAGGAAAGGGUAAAAGGAUUCACACUCUUUUUAUUGUAUGGCAACUUUAACAUGAACCUGAAAUUUCCAUGUAAGGACAGCAUCAAAAUUGCUACAUUUUCACCAUAAUUUUCAGACACUGAUUUGCUGUUUGAUACUGGUAAUCAUUGAUAGGAAUAGAGAGUAUGGAAAAGGAUAAAUCUGAGGUAGAAAUAGGAGACAGUGAGACUACUGCAAUUUUCAAUUUCUUUUGUGCACUUUAUUGUUUUUGAAGAUUUCUUUUGGGGCUAGCUUCAGAUUGUCCUUUUUUUCCAACACAUAUGUGGAAGAAUUGUAUUAAUUGGGAUGUUAAGGGCCUAUCAAUCAACCAAUUAAUUGAUUGAUUAGAAUGAAAUUAACAGUUAGAGGACAUAUACAUAUUCCAACACUUGUUUUACAUCCAGCAGGUAAUAAUAUAUGAGUAUAAAUCAUUACUCAGUCGGAACAAUAAUUUAUAAUGUGACAUUUCUCAUCUUUCAACUUAAAGAGAACUGAAUAAUUCAAGAAUUCAGGCAAAAGGGGAUGUUAAUAACAAACAGUUUUCUGUGGAAUCCAUCUUAUAUUACUUUUAAGAUCAUAGGCAUCUUCACUUCACAAACUCCCCUCCAAUUUAUCCAGUUUUAAGUAGAGAUUUGCUAUUAAAAUUGUCUUAAAACAUUCAAACUUCAAUAGACACUAUGAGGAAAACCAGUCUGAGAGUAAAGUGUGCAGGCAGAAGUUACCAGUCAGUGGUUUGAUUGAGGUUUUAGUCCUACUUUCACUUGUGAACUUGUUGGCCAUGAAGAAAAAGACCCCCAGAGAAAACUCAAACUUGCAGCUGUAUCUCAGAAUAUUUUGUCUAAAUGCUUCAUAAUCACAAAUUGGCAUUUUUUUAGCAUCCAGACUGUUUACAUACUUUUAGUGACAAUCUGUUUCCAAUGGUGUACUGGUACAAAUGUGUUAAAUCAUAUUCCCACCAUUGAAAAGAGGGAUGACUGAACCCCUGCUAUGGGUUCAAAUUAAUUUAUAAAUUAAAAAUUGUUGGCUGACAUCUACAGAACUUGUAGAUCUUGGCAAGCAAUGGUUAAUAUUUAAAUUUAAGCCUUGUGAGGUUAUGGCACCACAAGUUCAAUUGGGCAAGGCCAAAAAAUAUUAUGUAAUUAAUGAUGUUGGAAUAUGGUACUUUUUGCAGAUUUUCUCCUUUUUUUCGUCAAAGUGAUGGAAUGAGCUUAGCUAGGCCAAAUGCUUUCGCAAAAAUGGCAGACCCUGUGAAAACCAUGACAGACAUUUUUUUACAAAUGACACCAAACUCAACUAAAAUCUUAAAUAAGUAACGAAUACGCAGCAACCCCAAAGGAUAGCUGCUGCCCAAAAAAUGCAUGCUCACAAAAGCUCUCUCCACCCUAUGAUACUCCCUUUAUAUUGCACAUAUUUGAGGUUUGCACCUUAUGUAUUUCGUAUGUCACAGCAUUCCACUCCUUUACCUUUUUCAGAACACAAAAUUUAGAGAAAGAGAUACAACAGUUAAAGGAGAGGUAGGUGUCUUCAUGGUUGGUUCUCAUUUGCCCUGAAAACCUUUUGGCCCUUUUUUAUUUGUUUGGUUAGCACUUAGCAUUAACUAAAGCCAAAAUUUACGUCUUGGCUUUCUAUUUAUUUAAUUUAUUUGUUCACCUGUGAUUAGUGGCAAAAAUCUAAAUGUGCUUGCUCUUUUAUUUUUUUAUUUCUUUCUAUCUAUAACUCUCAAAAUUUACCUUGCCCCUCAUCCUCAAUGUUGCCUAUUGUUCAAAACAAAAGGUCACUAAUUACCUAAAUUGAUAAAAGAAAGAGGGGACUCUCAAGUAAGUACCAAGUGACAUAAAUAAAGUAACAAGUAAGUUUCAAGGAACAUGUUGGAGAUGAACUACAAGAAUUUUUUUUAUUAUGUUGACCAUAGGGUUGCCAACUAUUACUUAGGGGAGGGCAUGCCAACUAAUUUUGUCACUUAUUGUUUGAUGUGUUCUCGAAAUGUUAAGACAUCAGUAAAACUCAGACAAUAUUUAAGUCACCUUUCGGCCUAAAUUUAGCUAAUUGUAUGUAGAUUUUGUGCAAUUGUAUAUUGUUGGAUCAAUAUGGUGAAGUAAUAACAGACGUUCCCAUUCUCAUUAUUAUGAAGUGAUAAAUAUCAAAAAAGGGAAUGAUAUAAUUUUUCUAAAACUUUAUCAAACUCUCACUGAACAAGUUAAAGCAUAUCUACGUUUUCUGAGCAUUUAGUACGUCUUUAUUUCCGAGAGGCUCAUAGUAUUCUAACUGUGUUCUAGGUUCAAGCAGUGUAUAGGUGUGUUAUAUGAGAAGAAAAAACCAGCUGAUAAAAAACCCUCAUAACUUGUAUUACAGCACUUUUUUUUGUUGUUUUCUUUUCUAGACUAGGCGCGUCGGAAAAACGUCUAGCUUUGAAAGAAGAAGAUUGCCAAAGGUGAGCAAGACUUUGCAAAUAAAGCAGAUGCUGAUAGUUCUCAGAGAUUUCCCUGUCUCAGUCAUUUAGUAGUUCUUUUUAUCUUUCUUUGCUUGCUGAAAGAUUAUUCUUCCUUAUCAACAUUGCAUUCAUUCAUCUCUCUUUUUGUUCCUUUACACAUUGUUUUAAUUCGUCUAUCUCAUUGCUAUCCGUUUUGCCCCAAUUUUUUAAAGUAUUUUUACCUACUUCAGAAUUAAAGGAAGAAUCAAUUAGAACAUUUUACAAUACUGAGGUACUAUUUAUGGGGCGCUCUCACGGCGAUAAUUAAUGACAGAAAUACAGAUUUUCACUAUUGUCUCUGAUGCCAUACAUCUCUUGCAGAACAAGCCAUUUUUUUUUCUCUUGCAUCCUGUGGAUCUAUAAAAUACUAUAAGUAUUAAUACUCUUAUUUCUAUGACGAGUGAUUUAAGUUUUAAAUUUAACAUUUUGCUUUCAAAAUACUGAGAUACUAUUUAUGGAGCGCACUCAUGACGAUAAUUAAUGGCAGAAAUACAGAUUUUCACUAUUGUCCCCGAUGCCAUUCAUCUGUUACAGAACAAGCCAUUUUUUUUCUCUUGAAUCGUGUGUUUAUAAAAUAUUAUUGGUAUUAAUACUCUAAUUUCUACGACGAGUUAUUUACAUUUUAAUUAUUUGUUGUUUUUUUUUUUUUAUAGACUGAAAUCUGAAAAGGAAAAGAUGGAAAGUCAAUUCAAAAAAGAAAUAAAAGCGAUAGAGAAUCAGUUAAAUGAUAAUCGCCAAAGGUAAGGCCUGGAUUUACACUAAAUGCGGUGUGUAAGUAAGGAAAUUGUGCCUCGAUGACGAUGACGAUGUGCUCUGACGAAACUGCCUGAGGUCCAGGAAAACACGAAUUAACAAGGCACGAUUGGAUUAGCAAAACCAACUCGAUCGGAAUUAGUUUCAACACUCAAUUAAAAAUUGCUCCUGAACAGUGACUAUGAUGGCUGAUUGUUAUUGCAAUUUAUGCUACUUCUUCUUGUUUACCAACCACUGAUGUUUGGUGAUGGAAUGUUGUUCAAAGUAUUCUAUGGGCAUUGAUGAGCUUGUCAACUGUUGACUUGAAAGUUCUGCACCAUGCCUUGUUAUGAUCACAUUGUUUAUACUAGUAAUUUUGAUUCCCAACGUGCUUUAGGGGAGAUAAAAAUAUAAGCUCAAUAGUUACCUCUAAGCUUUCAAGACGUCGCGGAUUUUACUCGACGGAAGAUGCCUAAUUGAGUUAUUUAUUGUACGGAAAAUAACGCACGAGCUGUUAUAGAGUAACUGAAGCCUGCUUUUCAUAUUGAAUAUUUUUAAUAGUCACAAUGCAGAAAAGCGGCAUUUGGAAAAAAGAUUUACCAAAGAGCUUACGGCAAGAGAUCGAAAGCUGACGGAAGUUCAAGAGCGGUAAGAUCAAUUACCGUAUUUCUUCACCUAUAACCCGAGCGACUUUUUCAGUAUUUGACACAAAAGUUUGAGAGAUUUUUCCACAAGAAACGGGAUUCGGCUUACAGCUGGGGGUUUGGGAUUCAAAAACAAGUAAAAUUGGGUUAAAAUUGUCAUGACAACAAGGAAUUUCUGACCACCAAUCAGAUUCUUUGCUUCCCACGCAUUGAAAGACAAUCUCACUCAACUUGGCAAAACUCUUCACAUUUCACAUUAAAAAUAAAAUGUUUGGUCUCUCUCUGCUGAGAAAACCACUCCAUCACUUUCUCCUUUAGUUCGGAAUACUUGGGAGUGAAACGGCCCAUUUUUGCACGUUUUGUAGACAUCUUAAGCUCACCAGAAAGAACAGUUGCCUGGUCUCUUCUCCAGCAUCGCACCAUGGACUCCCAAAGUCCAUAAAUCUUGAGCGAUUUCUGAGUUUUGCUUCAGCGUAACUUUUACCUUGAAAUCCAUUUUAUACGAAGAGCGGCAUCUUUUGGCGCGAUGAGAAAAAUAACAGCAACGAAAGAGAUACUCGAUUGAAACGCUUGUCAGGUUACAGAAACUGAGAAUAUUGCUGUCGCGUGGUAGUAUUUACAUCUUUACUGAUUCGCUUUUCUCCUUUUGUGUUUAUUUUAAUUUAUUAGCUUUUGUGUUCAGUGAGCCAUUUCCCAGUGUUUCUCAAGAGGUUCGUAACGCACGAGUUGUCUUUAGAGUAACCAAAGCCUGUUUUCAUAUUUAUUGCUUAUAAUAGUCACAAUGCAGAAAAGCAGCAGAUGGUUAAAAGAUCUACAAGAGAGCUUACGAAAAGAGACCAAAAGCUAGCUGAAGUGCAAGAGAGGUAGAUCAAUUAUGCUUGAGUUAACUGUUUCUCAUUCACCAGAGAGUGCGCGGAAUGAUAGCCUCAGGUGCGUCUGAACUUUGCUGUACUUUUUAACAUUUUAACAUUUUAUAUGUUUCCUUAAUGCGUUAAUCGAAACGUAAAACACUUAGGAAGGUAAGAGAGCAAGGAGGAUGCGUAUGCGAGAGCUAUAACCCAGCUUUUCGAAUGUGCCUACAUGAACCAUUGCGAGGACCUGAACUAGACGCAAAUACAUGUAUGCGUCUAGUUUACACAUCCCUCACCUUAAUAUCAUUUCUCCCUUAAGAAAGAGAGAAAAAGAAACUAUGUAGCUUUUCCUUGUAACUGACUAGGUACAAAGGCCGUUGAACUUCGGAAACUUUCAAGAGCCUGUUCGGACACGCACCACAGUUUCUUAUACAUGGUACUGAAGAGGUUAUGAAUAGAAUACCAAAAAAAAAAGAAGAUUUACUCCGUAACAUCAAACAUGCAUGGCACUAAGGCCUCCGGCUAUUACAAGCUUUUGAGAUAAAUCAAGGUCGUUACGAGAUUGUGUACUUUUUUCUGCGAGGUUGAAACAAGAAGAGGCGUCGAAAGAGGAAUGGAAGGAAAAGACAGAAUUCUACUUGGCGAGGUAAAAUUGAUGUAGUGUUUUAUUCUAAAUUCAUUGAAUUAUCUCCACUCCUACUUAGUUACCAACUAACUGACGGGGUGACCAAGUGCGUGUUGCUCGACUGACUGAAGGGCUGACAAAAUUACUGUGUAGCCGCACAAGAAAACCUGUAAUGGUGAGUUUGUUCGGAAGUUUUGGUCUCAUUCUACACCAUUGGCAGAUGGAGAAAUAUGAACUUCUAAAUCAGCGACAAACAAUUAGAAUUCGACCACUCGCGCUAUUCAAGUACCGUUCACUAGAAAUUCGGUCCUAAAGUUUCUUCUUUAAAACACGGAUUGCGUCAAGUUAACGAAAAAACCAAUGAUACUCCUACGUUCAUACCCCUCGUGAGAAACCCACAAUGUUCAGGGCGCUACCUUAUUCAAGAUGGGUGCCCCAAUAGAUUUUUCUGAAAUUUUUCCAUAUUUCUUCUUAAAAAAGGCACUACGACCAAGCUGAAUAUGCUCAAAAGGCAUCCUCUGCACUUAGCCUCAAACUUUCUUGGUGUUUGACAAACAUUUUUUAAAUUUAUUCUAAAAGAAUAUUUAAGAAAGUGUUAUUCAAAGGAAAGAGUUUUUAUAAAGAGGAAAAUUAAACACCUAUUCCUUCUCGUUAUGGCUCAGUUUUGAGAAACGCUUUUUAUUCGACAUGCAUACUAUUCUUGAUAGUGUCAACACCAUACAAUCCAACACGGACAAACAUUUCUUCUCAUGUGGAGUUUUUUACUAAUAUAAUAGAAGUUUUCGAUACCGUUGAUCAUAACACACUACUCAGGGGUGCACCAGCUUUUUGGCUUGUUUUAGGCAUCUUCAGUGGUCUAAAAGCGUGCUAACCUAGUGCUUUAACGUUACAAGAUUUGUUCUUGGUUCUUCUUUGUUAUUAAGAUCUCGGAAGUACAUAUGUCGUGGCGAAAGUUCACUUCUUGUCUUAAACUUUACAAGAGUCAGUAAAAAAGUCAAACGGGGAAAAAUCCUAGUUGCGGGCCUUUGGGUCUAUAGGCUAACUACGCCCCAGCCUGUACUUAAUAAACUUUAGCCAGUUUCAUCUAAUUUAGAGGGUAAAACGCUGACAAAUCAGGUUGGUUCAUGCAUUUCCAAGAAAACCACCACCUGCUCAUGUAUGAUCUACCACAACAAUCCGUGCUAGGACAACUGCUCUUUCUGUAAUACAUUGUGAAGUUCAUGAUCACUGUGGUUCCAUCUGACACACACUCUUUUGUCUUUUCGCCGAUGGCACCAAUAUUCUCUGCGCUGACAGAAAUCUAUCUAUAGAAGAAACUAGGAAGCACUCAAUAAAGAGGAAUAUAACAAUAUAGGGCUUCGUCCCUAUUAAAAACGUAUCUAUCAACCGAAUGUUCAUGUUCUUAACAAUUACUUUGGCAGACAACAAAUAUUUCAGAUACCCUGGGGUAAUAAUAAAUCAUUCCUUGCUUUUGAAAUAUCACAUCGAUUAUAUUGCAGAUCGAAUAAGUAACAGUAUAACUAAUUGCGAAAUUAAGACACUUUUUUUAACACUAACGACUCUUUUGAAUGUGAGGAGAACAUGAUGUCCUAUUAUUUUCAUGUGUGAGUGUUUAUCAAUCCCUUUUUGUCCCCUAAAAAACUUAUGGAUUAACUACCAGGGGUCAAGCCCUAAAGAUACAUCUGGAUAAGAUUUUUAGUUCUGCGAGAGCGGGCCUUGCGCUUAAUGACUUUGCAAACAGAAAUGAUCUUGCAAUAGUUUUUCUCUUUUUAAGCUGGUGUCACACCUUUAAGAUCCUUCAACCUUCCUUUAUUACGAAUCAUUAUUUUAUUAUGGAUGAUGUCAGCACUGGCAAUGCACCAUCGAAAAUGUUACACAUGUUUACUUAUGCUUUCAAAAUUCACGAUUAAAAUAUGUGGUCUUCUUAACUGCCAAUAAUUUUUAGAUAGAAAAAUCGAGAUUAAAACAGAAAACAAAGCUACUUUAAGAAUCACCGUAAACUAUGGAAUGAGAUCCUAUCCUUUAAAAGAAAUCUCAGCACUAUAUUUCAUGAAAUUGUAAGCGAAGAAAAUUUCUUUUUCAACAUGUCACACAACAUGAAAAAAGUGUUAAAUUAAGUGAAAGUAAUAAACAAUAGUAUGUCCGAAGGAGUUGGUAUUAAUCCUAAUUAGUGCUUAAGUACAUGUAUGCACUUAUAUGGCGGUAAGUAAUAAUUCGUUCCUUGUACUUCUUGCCCCUGUUCUUUAUUUUUGUCACUAUCAUUUAUUAGGAAUGUACUCGCUUAUUUGCCAGUAAGUCCAAUGCAACAAUAAGCAAUAUAUAAUGUGUCAAAAAAAUAAUAACAUUUAUGUGUUGCAACUGAUAACUUUCUCAGCUUCGAGAAUGUUCGUGACAGCUUUAACAUGUACCUCAAGAAGCAGGCUGCAGAAGAACAGGAAUUACGUAACAGGUUGGUAUCCAGAGUUGUUUAUAUUGCUGUUCUCUCAGUUGGUUUGAUGUUUAUUCGCUACUUCAUUUUUUGAAAGAACAACGUAUUUGGCGUUGCCCUAAAGCAAUAAGUCAUUUCAAACAAUUUUUUUUCAUGAUAGCAUUAGCACGGUCUGUUACUAUUGUUAUUUUUUGGGGGGUGGUUCGAGUCCGUCUUAAAUACACGCGUAUUCUUAUUGUUUUAGUUUUAGACAUUUUUAUUUCACUUUUUGAUCAUGGUGAUCUGUUCAAGGAUUCAUUUGAUUUGAAAAUAUAUCCAUGUUUUAGAUUCACUUUAAGUUUGUCGAAAAAAGACGAGGAGUUACGAGUUCUCCGGGAACAAUUAAGAGACAAGACAGUGAGGUACUUCACCUACAAUGUUAUUGUUUUCAGCAAAUAGAAGUAUGUGAAUAUACCGCAGCUUGCCAAUUAUAAUUAUUAUUUUUUUUGUAGCAUAUAAUUUUGACCUUGUGGUUCCUUUAUCCUCUCCAAAGAGUAUUCGUUAGGCUUAGUGAAUCUAUCCUGCAGGUGAGUUGGGUUGAGAGAAAUAGCACAAAAGACAACCCUAAAAAGACUCAUGCUUUGACUGGACUCGACCUUAUGCCUCCCAGGUAUUUGCAAAGCGCUACUGCAGCAUUAAAAAGGUUUAAUAAUAUUUCUUUACUUGUCAUCAUUCGAGGACAAGAGUAUAUGAAGAACACUGACUCAUAAUUAGAGCUGCGACAGUUGUUCUUUCAAUGAGCAUUGUUGUCUUUCGUGUUUAUAAUCAUCAAAUCCUUUUCAUUCUGUAUAAAUUCCAUACUUUUACGGGAUGAGAAAUUUGCGGUCCAAAUUUUAGAACUAAUUGCCAGCCACAAUCUUGCUUGUCCUUUCUGCUUACAGAUUGGCGAUAAGUUUUGAAAAGCGACUGAAGCAAGAUCAACGACGAGUUGAAAAUACUGAGGAAUCAAACACACCCAGUGACAUAGAAAAAAACUUCAGCGACUUUUUCGAUGGAGAGAGGCUUGACGCUUGUGACGAAAUCGAGUUCGUGUUGGGCCUAUCCAGAGAAAUCGAAGAGAAUAUUCAUUAUCCAAGAUUAGCUUGCUUGAUAUUGGAGGUAAUCAUCAUAAUGUAGCAGUAAAUAAUUUAAGAUCGAACCUAACUUAAUAUUACAUCAAACCAGAAAAGCCUGUUCGAGGAACAGAGAAGCUGACGUUUAAACGGGACUCUCAGCGCUCUUAACCCGACAAUUGUAACUGAUCUGCUGAAUCAUAACCAGUCGAGACAUGUAGUAAAUCUCAUGAACUUUUAAUAACAUGACUUAAGGGGCGGGCGUCAUCACCAUUUUUGUUGUCGAUUCGUUUAAGGUUGUCAUGUCCAGUGCAUGAAUGACACACUUAUUCAGCAAUUUUUGAGAAAUUUUGCCGGCCCUCAGACUCAAAUCACUUACAUGUGAUUUGGUGCUUCAAAUAGCGAAAUCAGGAUGUCUUCACUAUUAUCAACUUAACUCAUGACACGACAGAAGUGUUGCAUAACCAAACGCUCCUGCAUGUUGGAUUGGGCUGUUAACAGCUCCGGCCAGUUCCGUGGUUCAUAAAAAGAAUAGGUACUCAAUGUAUUACGACCACCUUUAAUGAAGAUAACAACAGCAUUCCGCCAAUUUGCGAAGGCAUGCCCAUCCAAUAUCCAUAACACAUUGCGCACUCACAAAGUAAAGCCAAAAUGUCGAGACAUCUAUUACAGGCUUUAAAAUAUUCUAAUUAUAUUAAAAUUAUGCGAUGAUUUUGAGUAUUUUUGGAAACAUUUCUUUUAUAGACUGCUUACGAACAGGUAAAAGAGGCAAGGGAUGCCGCUUGUGAUUUGUUCCAAAACGUUACUAGUCAACUAAUUGAGGAAGCUCCAAGAAUGUGCCAGGAAUUGUGUCACGCAAGAAAGGUCUGGAUGUACAUAACUAAAAGACCGUCACUAUAUCCUAUAUACUCUUGUCUCAUUCACAAGGCAUUUUGAGAGGGUGUACAUGCAUGUGUACACUAUUAUCAUUGAAUCACAAUACGAUUUAGAUGCACGUAAUAGCCCAUCCUCUUCCCCGAAGUUAUUUUUUUCUUAUUAUUUUCAUGAUAACUAUUAUUGAUUUUUAGAUUGAUUUUUUAGAUUUUGUUUUGAACGUCUUUUCCUCCCAGUUGAUGACUUAACCUCUCAAUGUGUACAAAUUAUGGAAAUGCUCCUUUAAGACAAACUGAUUUCAACUGUGCUUAAUCAAUUGCGGGAAUUAAAAGGUCGACGAUCAAAAAAUAAAUAGAUUUAAAAAUAAAUGAAAAAGAAAGAAGAAGUUGUCCUAUGUAUUGGCCCUCUGUUCUCUAAAUAUGGACUUAGGCUGUAUUUUCAUUCAAUUGCUUCCUUAUGUUUCUCAGUUCAAGGAGAGUGGUGCUUCUGCUCAGUUACCUGAAACAUUCGAUCUUCUAACGGGGAGAAUUGAUAAAGGAAUAUCAAUGGAUGUACUGGAUGGAAUGAUGCUUUCCUUGAAAGAAACGUCACACUUGGGUAACCUUGACUGCUUCCAGAAGGUAUGUGAUAAAUAAAGAAUGAAACAUGGGCACGCGUAGAUAUGGAAUUUCUCCUCGAGUGUCAAACGUAUUAGCUCACGAGAGAACACAGCGAACGAGUGAGAUAUCGAGUUGAACAUGAGGAGGGAAAUUCUAUAUCUAGAAGUAACCAUGUUUUUUUUUACAAACACAAAAGGCCUUGACCGACUAGAAGAUUCGAUUUGAUUAAUAAAUGAAAAAGUUGUAAAGAGCGUCGGUGAUAAGGCUUGGAAUGAAAGAAUGCUUUUAAUAAUUACAAAAACAAACGCUGGGCAUAAGUUUUACUGCAAAAAAUUAUCAGUUAUUGACUUUUUCCAUACCAAUAGAAGAAGUCUCUUCAGGUACAUGGCCAAAAUUGACCUGUGGCAAAAAUAACAGUAGGAGAUUUUCGUGCUCUGCCAAUCGCACAGUAUGACGCAACAGUACGAAACAAUCCUGGAAAAUUCACCCAGCCACACCAGCUUUUCCAUUUUAAUCGAAUCUUCCGGAUAAUUUUAAUCAAAGUAUUAUGCGUAAUAUAUUUCUGUUGACGUCAUCAAGUUCAGCUUAUCUGAAAUCUGGAUAUCACGAUUAUUUAAAUUAUUUUCAUUUUUAUAUCAGUCAUCAUUAUUUUUGUUAUUAUAAAAGCUGAGGAAGAGAGAAAUUCCCAGGAUAUGUCAUCAUGGUGAAAGUAUUGGCGAACAGCUCUUUUUCAGAUUCAUUUUAUUAAUAUCUACAUUUAUUUUUUUAUUUUAGUUUUGAAAUUCUUCAUAGUGACUAUUUCACCCUAUUUGAUGUUUUAACUUCUCAAAAUACCCUUAGGAUGUCAGGAAGAUUGUGUGGGAACGUUGGACAAAUUGCAUGUCCGAAAGGGAAGAAUCAUUCCUACCCAGGCCUUCAGAGGAUGUGUUGACACAACUCGGUGACUACAUAAAGGCAUGCAUCAGGCUAACAUGGAGAAUGGUUACACAAGUUCCACCAAUGCAGCUUGAGUAUGGGGCUGUGCAAUUUGACAAAGAUUUGCAUAAACUGGCGAGAUUCCAGAAUCGUGCAGAAUUAUGCCGUGGCGCAGAUCAUCUUACUGGGCAGAUUAUUGCCUGUUAUUUGUGGCCUGCACUUUUAGAAGCAGGUGGUCGAACUAUUUUUCUAGGAGAGGUUAUGUGUGAGCCUGAAUCGUAUGAUUAUGUUAUGAUUCCUGAUCUUAGAUACCCUGAAUUAGAUUCAUAAACUCCCCCACAAAAUCUUUCAGAGUGAGGUCACACGUUACAAAAUAAACAUUAUGGAUAUAAAAUAUCUGCGAAAUUGAAACAUUGCAAAAGGAUGCAUAUAAUUCACUCGUUUGUUGAUCAUUCUAAGACUGGAUGAUAUCUUCACACCUUGCCGGUUGAAGAAGCAGCUCACUAAUCAAACAAAAAUUAGCAAUAUAGAUUUGAGACCAGCGUCUUAAUUCGUCCUUUUUUUCGGUUCACAAAUAAGGGCUAGCCAUCGAAAUGGCUCAAUUUCGGCAGCUUGGAGAAAUCUUUCAAGUAGACUGAGGAAGUGUAAAUAGGGAGUCAUUUUAUAACUUUUCGGUUUCGGUUUUUUUUGGGAAAAUCCCCUUGUUUUUAAAUAUCUUGCAAAACAAAUGAAUGGAUGUUUCGUGGCACUCAAUUUUAAUGCUUUCAAAGCAAAUUUCUAUGUUGAGAUUUUCCUGCAAAUAAUGCCAAAUUUAUUCCUUCAUCGGGAUUAUACAAGGAAUGUGUUUAACAAUAAAGUUCGCAUCUGUGUUUCCGUC